AUGGACAAAACUUUAGAUAAGUUACAAACAUAUUAUGGAAAUGCCAUCAGGGCAAAUUUCAAGCCAGAGACAUUAACUCCACAAGAGAAAAAGGAGUAAAUUGAAGUUAUGUAAAAGGCUAUACUGGCAGUUCUCUACCACACUUAUUGAGUAUGUAGUAACAAUACUGUCCACCAGGGCCAGAUAGCUGGUGCUCUUAUAGGAGAGAUGGUACUCUCAAGAGGAAAGAUUUAGAUGCUGUUUUCCUAGAUUUCCUUCUACCUCAGUUCCAAAGCCUCAGUGAGUAUUCCCUGUUGAUCUGCUGUCCUCCUGGGUAUUUGCAGAAUGCGAAUGAAAGUCUCAGCAGCCUUGUUCGGAAAAACGCUCCUAAACACUGGUACAAAGGGGCUCGUGUUGUGGAAAUUGCUGUCAUGCCUGCUGCCAUGUCCUUCAAUACUGGUGCAGCCACAAGCCAAGAUGCACCAAUGGCUCGAUUUGCCAGUAGAAAGUAA